CGCAGCAAGCAGCAUGACCGAACCUGCAACCUUUUUUUUUUUACUGCCGCUCGUCUUCUCCCGCGGAGACUUUCUCCGCGCGCAGCGCGAUCAGGCGGGCAGAGAUGCGGGGGACGCGCCGGCCACCGCGCACGGUAUAGAUAGAAGGGGGGCCCUGCCGGCGAGGCCAGCAGCCACGACCACGGGCAGGCGGCGAGCGCGUCCGGAGCCCGGAGCAAGUGGGCGGCGUGCCAGCAGAGCGGAUCCGCUCGCCGCUGCGCGUGUACUUCCAAGGGAGGACACGAUCCCAGUGGUGGGGCGCGGCGCGGCGGGCGCCCGCGAAGCCAGGACCGGCGGAUCUUGGCGCCAUCGAACCGGCCAGCCGAUCUGAUCUCCCGGUCCCGGCCGGCCGGCCGUUCUAGAGCCGGGGUGGACGGACGGGGGCGGACACGUGCCUUGGCAGCACGGGAGUCGCAACGCAACAGCGCGCCGCCUGAGCUGGUCGUCUGGAGCUUUGGCUUGCGCUCGGAGCCCUUGGGCGGGGAGCAAGCAAGGCGGCGGGGAAUCUCUCGUGAGCUUGGGCGUGCCUGCCCGGCCGCGGCGCAGGCGCGGCUGACCGUGCGGUGCCGAGUCGUGGAGACCCACGCGUCAGUUCCGGCGCCCGGCCUCCCCACUACUAUUCCGCCCGCCCGCCCGCCCGCUGCCGCUGGGAUCGCUGCUUUUUUUUUUACUGUUCGAGGCUGAUCCGCGCGCGUGGUUUUCAGCGAAAGCCCAGCCGCUUUCCUCUUCGGGGGCCGCACGACGGCCGCGCGUAAACCUCGCCGGCUUCCUCUCUACCGGACGCUAGAGUUGCAGCAGCAUGAGGCGUGUCGUGAGAUGGCUCAAGCAUCUACUGACGGGCAGGAAUAAGGAGGAGCACAAAGGAUUCGGGGUGAACCAUGUCGCCACCGAUUGGAGCGGCGGGUUGGGGAGGGAGAAGAAGAGGUGGAGCUUCGCGAAGCAUAGAAGGAGCGAAUCUGACGGCGGUGCGAGGUCGUGGGGUCAGCCCGCCGCCGCCACUGCCGGGGCAGAGUCGCCGCAGGCGAGGCCAAAGGAGGAUGCGAGGGCUCGGGAGGAGAAGGCCGCCGUCGUGAUCCAGAAAACCUUCAGAGGCUACCUGGCUAGGAGAGCCCUUCGAGCUCUCAGGUCGCUCGUCAAGAUCCAGGCACUCGUGCGGGGCUACCUGGUGAGGAGGCAGGCGGCCAUGACGCUGCACCGGUUGCAGACGCUCAUGCGGCUGCAGUCCGACUCCAUCGCCGUCAAGAAUGCUUCGCACCGGAAAUCCAUGGAACAAGAAGAGAGGAUCUUCGGUCAGGAGGCCCGGAUGAAGCCGCCAGCGACGCCGGCGCACCGGCGGAGGCUGUCGGACAGCACGGACUCCAACUACGAGCGCAGCCCACGGAUCGUGGAGAUGGACACGUGCCACCUCCGCUCCCGGUCCUCCCGUAUGACCAGCCACUACACCCCGGACAACUCGUCGGAGUACCACCGCCUCGCGGCGCCGACGCCGUCGUGCUCGCCGCUGCCCGGCGGCAACCAGCAGCCCGCGCGGCUCUCGUUCCGGCGGAGCACCCCCGAGCGCGACCCCCGGGGCUCCAAGACGGCGCACAACACGCCCCGGUUGGUGCCGCCGUCCCACGAUUCCUCGCCCGCCAAGAGCAUCGAGCACAGCCUGGCAGGCAGCACGCCGCGGCGCGCCUCGCCGCGGGACCGGGACGCGCUCGUCAGCCCGCGGUACAUGGCCGGCACCGCGUCCUCCGCGGCGCGGACGCGGAGCCACAGCGCGCCGAGGCAGCGGCUGACGGUGCCGCCGGCCGAGGCGCCGCGGUCGAGCGUGACGGCGCGGACCGGGACGUCGAGGAGGUCGUGCUCGCACGCGCGCGGCGGCGGGUUCUGCGUCCAGUGCUCGGACGCGACCCGGACGGCCGGCUGCUCCGGGAUCGGCGCCAGCGACGAGGUGGCCAGAGACUACUACCUGAACAGCUUCUGGUGAUCACACGAUGGGAUGCAAAAACUGCUGUUUGUGCUCAGAUUGUAGACCAGAUUUGUACAUAGUUGUAGAUGCUAAAACAUAAACAUCUAGCAGGGCACGAAAUGAGUGAAAGGUAACACGGAGCAGUAAAGAGGGAUGCAAAUUUUUCUA